GAGCACCUCUCCUCUUAAACCUGCCCUCUAAGGUGACUUCGAUGGUAAAGUUGUUACAAAACUUUUGAAGGUAAACAGUGACUAAAUCAUAUUUUCAUUUUGCUUACAGUGUUUUGUGCAGUCAAACUGUUCAUGAGAUUGUGGUUAAGGAAAUGUGCCUUACCAAAUUUAUAACUAGGGCUUCUUUUGUUAAUGUGUUUUACCCAUGAUAUAACAUGGAUGAAAAUGAAUAGUCUUUGCCACUAGAGAGAUAAUGAAAAAUGUUCAUUAGACUACAAGUCAUUUUGCACAGAAAGUUAGAAAGUUUUUAAUUGAUAAUGAAAUCAUAACAUGCAGUAUACUAUAUAUUGUUGAAUAUAUUUGACACAGUAUGUUAAUAAUAAAAUUAUUUAAAUGAAGAAUGUCCUGCUAUAGAUAGCAGGAAUACUUGCAUAAAUAACACAGUUUACAAAUUAUUUCCUGGGGCUGGUUAAUGAUCAAAUGACUCAAUGCAGGAUUAUAUUCCUUAAAAAUAAUAUUUUAGCCAUAAUGUAUGUUUUGAAGCAAAUAACAUUUCAAUUCUUGGAAAUAUUGAUUUUUUUUAAAAAAAUUGGUGUAAUAUUAAAAAAAAAAAGUAUUACGGCACUUUUUAUGAAUGUUUUUAAGGUUCCUAGGGUUAAUUAAUAAUGUCUCAUAACCCUAUAUGGGGCUUCUUAGAGAUGGAGCUCGUAUGACUGCAAAUUAGCUUUUUACUUCAGCUUUUUUUACUUACAGCUUUUAAUACUGUUUUGAUAUUAUUCUAGAUUGUGUUUUUAUAUGAUGUUAGCCAUCUGGUGUCACUCUAACAAAAUGGGCAGUGUUACAUAUCCAAGUUUUUCUCUAGAAUGACCUGCUUAUGAGGUAGCAUAAGUAAGUGAUCAGUAAGUGAUGUUCCAGAGUCACUGAGGGAACUUCCCAGAUCAUUGGCCCAGCAUCUUAACUGCUAAAGCAUCAUUCAUGUGUCACAUUGGCUCCAAUCUUCAGUACCAUCUACUAGAAUAUCUACACUACGAGUGUAGAGAUUUAAAAGAAUACAUCAUGGGAGCUUUUCUAGACAAGCCAAAGAUGGAGAAGCACAAUGCCCAAGGGCAGGGCAAUGGACUACGCUAUGGGUUAAGUAGCAUGCAAGGUUGGCGAGUUGAGAUGGAAGAUGCACAUACAGCUGUGAUUGGCCUGCCAAAUGGACUUGAUGGAUGGUCUUUUUUUGCUGUGUAUGAUGGACAUGCUGGAUCCCAAGUUGCCAAAUACUGCUGUGAGCAUUUAUUAGAUCACAUCACAAGCAAUCAUGAUUUUAAAGGAUGCGGUGCUUCACCAUCUGUGGAAAGUGUAAAGACUGGAAUCAGAACAGGGUUUCUGCAGAUUGAUGAACAAAUGAGGCUACUCUCAGAAAAAAAACAUGGUGCAGACAGAAGCGGGUCAACAGCUGUGGGAGUCUUGAUUUCUCCCCAACACACUUAUUUUAUCAACUGUGGAGAUUCUAGAGGUUUACUUUGUAGAAACACAAAGGUUUAUUUCUUUACACAGGAUCAUAAACCAAAUAAUCCACUGGAGAAGGAACGUAUACAAAAUGCAGGUGGUUCAGUAAUGAUUCAGCGUGUGAAUGGAUCUCUGGCUGUGUCUAGAGCGCUUGGGGACUUUGAUUACAAAUGCGUUCAUGGGAAAGGCCCCACAGAGCAGCUUGUCUCUCCAGAACCUGAAGUAUAUGAAAUUGAGAGAUCAGAAGAAGACGAUCAGUUCAUCAUAUUGGCUUGUGAUGGUAUCUGGGAUGUUAUGGGAAAUGAAGAGCUGUGUGAAUUUGUCAGAUCAAGGCUUGAAGUCACUGAUGAUCUUGAAAGAGUUUGUAAUGAGAUAGUAGACACCUGCUUGUACAAGGGUAGCCGAGACAACAUGAGUGUGAUACUGAUCUGUUUUCCAAAUGCGCCAAAGGUAUUACCGGACGCAGUGAAGAGAGAGACAGAGUUGGACAAGUUCCUGGAAAGCAGAGUAGAAGAGAUCAUAAAGAAGCAGGGUGAAGGAGUACCAGACUUAGUCCACGUCAUGCGCACAUUGCAAACAGAGAGCAUCCCAAAUCUUCCACCCGGGGGUGAAUUGGCGAGCAAACGGAGUGUGAUUGAAGCCAUUUAUAACAGAUUGAAUCCUUAUCGGAAUGAUGAAGCUGACUCUGCAACAACUGAUGAUAUGUGGUAAAAUGCCAUCUAAGCUGUGGAAUUAGCACCGAUUCUCCUAAUGGAAAAACUCACCCAACCAACAAUGAUCCUUCUUAGCAUCCAUUUCAUACAUGCUUGAAGGGAAGUGAUGUUGGUAUUAGUGAAUACAUCAGAAAGCAGCAGUUCAACACUUAUCCCAGGAAUAAUCUUGUUUGUGUGUGUGAAGCAAACUUCUGUAAAAGUGAUACUGAAAUUAUGAUGCUGUAAAUUGGACUCCAAGCAAUUUUAUGUUGUAUGAUUUUGUUUUGUAAAGUGCAGUUGUGGUUGUCCAGAAUGCUUAUUUCAUAAUGAGCUGUUUUACAUCGUAAAUGAAAGGCUUGGUUCGUUGUUUAAAUGCAACAGUACUCUAGCUCUUUCUAUUUGUUUUUGUGGUUCUGGAUUGCUGGGAGUAGCAACCUAGCCAGCAAAAUACUCAGGAGGUGCAUGAAAAUUUUGUAAAGGAAAUUUGAUAUAAAAGCAGAUUAUUGUAACUGUAGUAUGGAAAAUAACUGGAACACAGUUAAUUUUCCUUCAGACUUUAAUUGUUUUUUUAUCUUAAAAUUAUGGCAGAUCUAAAAGUCCCACUGAAAUAUGUGAAAGAUUUCAGCAAAAGAAGAAAAGUUCACCAACUUUACAAGAUGGCUAUUAAAUAGAUCAUGGGAGCUAAAAACUUUGAUGAAUUGCACCUUUUUUUAGAGAAAACUUUUACCUUCGAUUAAGUAUCAAUUAUGUUAAGAGAUGGUAUCUUUCUAUAUUUAGUAGGAGCAUGCACCAUUUUAUUAGCCUGAUUGGCUGGAUUGGCUGCUGUUCCAAGUAAAAAUUCUUUUAAUUCCAUUUUAUCAAUAAAGCUUGAUUUAACAAGAAAUUUAACAAUAAAUGUGUAACUCUUUCUCUUUCCUUUUGUCUUCUGAAAUGUUCAUAAAUAAAGUGUCAUGUUGAUAAAUAUUUUUAUUAAACAGUUGCCCAUUUAUGAAAUGGGAAAAACUCUUGACUGUGCCCGAGGCACAAAUGGAGUUUAUUUUCUAAUUAGUGGGCAUAAUAUGCUUUGAGAAACAGAAUGAUCUUGUUACAUGAGUUUUAUUUCAAGAUUUUAGUUUGAUAGCAUUCUAUGAGCAUAGUGUAUACUUGCUUCUUAACGAAAAUUAAUUUGUCAGAGAGCCUGACAAUCUUAUUUUGACUGAACAGUAGGUGUGAUUUGAAGUGCAUAGAUUCAGAAUAUUUAAUCAUUUAAUUUGCUUUUUAAAAAAAGAUGAAAUAAUAAAACUAAUUUGACUUGAAUUUUCCUCUACUGAAAACAAUAUAAAUUGAUUAUGUGUUUGCAGAACUACUGUUUUAUGCACCUUGUAUUUUUGUUUUUUUUUUCAGUUGAGGGUUUUGCAUGAUCAUUAUGUAUUUCUUUAAACUUUCAGCCAACUGAAGCCCCUCCAAAGGAAAAUCAACAAAAUAUAUAAAUAGAUAGUAACAAUGUAGCUAGCGUUUUUUAAAAGGUGUAAAACAUACCUUUUUAUAGGAAGCAAUGUACAACUCACAUGUUUAUAUCCCUCUUUCCCUAAUUUCCAGAUAUACAUUUGUUUGUAUAUAGAGCCUUAAAACUAUUGCAGUUAGGAAAUGUUAAAAGAAGUAAUGUCUAAGGAUUGUUAUUAUAAUCGCAAAUAUUUUAUUUCUCUUGUUUGGUUGUUUAAUAUCACUGUAUUUAGUUUCUACCCCUUUGAAGCAUGAAUGAAGAAAACAUAAGCACUAUUUGUAUUUAUAAAUUUAGAGCAGCUUUAGGUAAAGCAGCAGUCCCUCAUCCUACCUACAUUAAAUGCUUAAAAUACAGUUUUGUUGAGUUCAGGCAAUAAAAUGGUUACGUAUAACUUCGUAUACACCUAAUUAAGAGGCUAUAUUUGAAGUACUAAUCAAUUAACAAAAAUGGAUUGGUUUAGAGUUAGAAACAGAACUCAGAUCAUUAUUUUUUGUGUAUAUUGAAGCAUACACGUAUGUAAAGGUGGCAAAAAUCAGAUCAGAAAAGUUUUUAAAAUUCUCAAAUGGAAAGCCAUAUGAUUAAUAUUAUUAAUUGUAAUAAUAGCACAUGUUUAAAAUUCGGUGUUGGUGCAACGUCUUAAAGAUGAGAACAGUUAUUCUGCUAUUGCUUACCAUCGUUCUUAAAAGUAUGAAUUGGACGGAAAAGAGGUACAACAGUUGUACAUUGACCUACCUAUGUUUGGCUCUUUAAUGGGGUCAAGGCACUGUGUUACUAGGCUUUAUUAAUACACGGCAAUUUUACAUAUUAAUCAAAGUGAAAUUAAAUAUAACCCAUGAAUUACAAAUUUUAGUAAGGAUGCUUAUUCUUGUUCACCAAACUGCAAAAAAUAAAACCUUGUGUGUGGUUUUUUUUUUUUUUUUUCAUUUUUGCAACUUUUUUAAAUGCUAGAAAUGUCUGAACACCUCAGGGGCGGUCCAGCAUAGUUUAAAGAAUUGUGUGCUACAGUAUUUAUUUCCCUAGCCAGAGGUGAAAGAGUGGAUGCCUGUCUGCUGAUGAAAUAAAAUAAAACAAUGGUCCCAA